GCGCGGUUGGAGGGCUUCGGCCUGCGCAGAGGGCGGCGGUGAUAGGGUCGCGGCCCUCCUACGCCAUGUCGGCCGAGAGGCGGCCAGGCUCGGGCCGAGGCGGCCAGGGCAUGAAGUUGUCAGCAGAGGUCAAACCAUUUGUUCCCAAACAUAUGGCGGUAACUGUGGCAUGGUCAGAACCCUCAGAAGCAUGUGUCUUUCCUAGGUACUUCACUACAUACUACCCAUUUGUUCAGGAACCACCCUUGGAUAAUGUUGUGGGAGAUCCUGCCUUCCGUGAAUACUCCAGCUGCUCUUACUCACCUGGUGUUUCAAAUGUGUAUCCAGUAGCUGGCUCACAAUACCAUUCUAACAAUUCAACACACUAUAAUGAUUCAGGAGUAGUCAAUGAAGCUGCUGAGCAAAUGUAUCCAAUCAGGCAAGAAAGUAAGAAUCUUUCAAAGCAGAGGAGAUCAAAAGAGGGUGAGAAAAAAUUAGACAAGAAAAAGCAUGGUGGAGAUGACUCUUCUGUCAGAAUUGUGAACAGGACUUCAUUCCAGACCUCCACAGGGAGCAGAGAUUCUGUGAAGCCAGACAGGUUCAAUAAAACUACAAACAAGAAGUCAGCUCAGCUUCCAAAAACAGAGUCUCUUCCUGCACCUUCAUUGGAAGCUACCAUUCUGGAUUUCCAGAAGCCACAGAGUUUUGGAAGCAGCGAGGUGGUGAAUGUACAGCAUAAAAGUGGACCAAUACAUUCUUCAGAAAGUAACAUUAUGUGCCUUAGUCGACCACAGAUGUCUCCCUUGUUAAAUGCAGAGGAAGACACUUCAGUGAAAAGCAAAGCUUCAUCAAAAACUCCAGAUGAAACAGUAGCCAGCUUAAUUCCCUCUUCAGUUGAUGGUAGAGCAUUUCCUGAAAUACCAGUGGAUGGCUCUGCUCAGACACAUGUGUCUUGGGCCAUGGUACUUUCACAGCCCCCAAAGAAAAUUGAGUCAUUACCAGCAUUUGAAGGUCUUUCCAGAGGCAAGGAGAAGCAGGAUAGAGAAGAAAAGCAGUCAGAAACAAAAAAUUAUGUUAGUGAAACUGAGCCUGAAGAAGGGUCAGAAAAGAAGAAGAAAAAGAAGAAAAAGAAGAAAAAAACAAAGUCACACAGUGAUACAGAGAAACCUCAGGAUGAACCUACUACACUACAGGAACCACCAAGGAUUGAGGAUGCAGAGGAGUUUCCUGAUCUGACAGCUGCUUCUGAUAGGAGAAACAGACUAGGGUCUCAGAAGUCAUCGUUUACUCCUGCUGUCAGAAAGCAAUCUGAGAUCUAUCUCCCUGGAGAGCCUUGGGGUAGUCAUUCUCCCACACUCGAUGGAGGACCCAAGGUGGAUGGACUGUCAGGGAAGCAAGCUUCAUCUUCUGGAACAGAAAGAAAGAAAAUUCAGGAAACAUCCAGGAGCAGUGGUAAGAAAAGCCAAGUUCCUGUACAGUUGGAUUUGGGUGGCAUGCUGGCAGUCUUGGAGCAGAAGCAGCAAACAGAGAAGUCAAAACAGUCUUCUAAACCUGUGGUGUUUUCAGUUGGUGGUGCCAUACCAUUGCUUUCUAAAGAACCUGCUGCAGCCACAAAAAGUCACCGGUUAAACCAAGGAAAGAUGCCACAUAACCCUUUGGAUUCCAGCGCUCCUUUGGUAAAGAAAGGGAAACAGAGAGAAGUCCCUAAAGCAAAGAGACCAACCCCUCUUAAAAAGAUUAUUUUGAAAGAAAGAGAACAACGAAAACAGCAACACCUAUUAGAGCAGUUAGCAGUACCAAAAAAUGAAGAUAAUAUUUGUCAGUCUGCAGAAAAUGCUACUGAAGAUAAAACAGUUCUACAGGAUAGUCACGCAGCUCUUCCUGUAACACAAGUUGCUGAAGGGGUUCUGGAGAACACAGGGACCGUGGAAUCUACAGAAGGUUCUAUUAUUUCCAAGCAGAUAAACUCCAAUCUUCCAAAAAUCCACAGCAGGAAUUUUAGAGAUUAUUGCAGCCAGGUGCUUAGCAAAGAAGUUGACAGUUGUGUGACGGAUCUCUUAAAAGAACUGGUUCGUUUCCAAGAUCGCUUGUAUCAGAAGGACCCAGUAAAGGCCAAGAUAAAACGCAGGCUUGUUAUGGGUCUUAGAGAAGUUUUGAAACAUCUGAAACUGAGGAAGCUGAAGUGUGUUAUCAUCUCUCCCAACUGCGAAAAGAUUCAGUCAAAGGGUGGGUUGGAUGAGACUCUGCACAACAUCAUUGACUGUGCCUGUGAACAGAAUAUCCCAUUUGUUUUUGCCCUUAACCGCAAGGCCCUGGGCCACUGCGUCAACAAAGCAGUGCCCGUGAGCGUGGUGGGGAUUUUCAGCUAUGAUGGGGCUCAGGACCAUUUUCACAGAAUGGUCCAGCUGACAACAGAGGCCAGGAAGGCUUACAAAGAUAUGAUAGCAGCUUUAGAGGAAGAAGCUGAAGGAAGGCUGAGAGAAACCCAGCCCAGCAUCUUAAACAUAGAAUGUGAAAAGAACAGCUUAUCAGAAAGUGGCAAAACCUGUUCUAAGGACUCUGAUGAGGAUGUACCAAAUUACAUUAAAAUCUGGAAGAGAAAGCUUGAAGAAGAGUAUAACCCGUAUGCACUGGAACUGGAAAAGAGUGCAGCUGCUGACAUGGUGAUAGCAAAUUCAGAAGAGCAUCAGUAAAUCCAGAUCCAAUUCUUUUGGGCUGUUAACUAUUCCUUGUUUUUUUUUUUUUAGAGCUCUAGGAAGAGGGUAGCAAGAUAAAAUAAUUUAAGAAAUAUCUAAAGUCAGCUAAGUAAACAGCUCUGAUUCCCUUUAAGCAAAAUGCACAGUAGAGCAGGUGAGGCACUGGCUGAUGCUUUUUGAGUCUGUGUAUUUGGCUGAUUACCGCAGCAGAUGACAACAGCAAAUUGUCUUAGCCCUUAGCACUUGAAAUGGCUUGGCAUACUUCAGUGUUUAUGGACUAGCAUUGAUCUGUUAGUGAUGCAAUACACCAAAAGAACAUGAUAGGUGGUUUUAUUUCAGAAGAGAGUCCAUGAGCCACAAGAUUGGGGCCUGAGGGGAAUUACCUCUUAACCUCUUGUCUAAAGAAUUUCAGCUUUUUUUUUUAAUUGUGAGUUUGGGUUUUUUUUUCUUCUAAAUAAACCUGCUCAGGUGGGCAGUGUGGCAUUAAUGUUACUUUCUUGGAGAUAGAUAACAAGAAAUUAGAUUUGGGUGGGGGCAGGCAGCUUGAUUGAAAUCAAAUGAGGAAGGGCACAAUGACAAAGUUCCCAGUUGGGUCCUCAGUGGGAUAUUUUGUCCCUCUGGGAUCAUACAGCAGGCAUAAAGGAGGGAGUAUGGAUUACAAAAGUCUGAAAUUCUAGAAGUGAAAAUGCUGUGAGGUUAGAAAUUUUAUAAAGUUGAUGAAGCAUACAACGAUGAUAUUUCUGCUACUACUGAGACUAGUUUAUUGCAAAUCCUGCUUUGAAGUUAGAGGAUAUUGAAUGACAGCAAGUGUGCCAGCCUGCUGUCCUUAUCUGUACCUUCUUCAGGUUGACAGACUCCUCAUUCCUUCAGUUUGGGAUUGUGUCAGUAGAUUUUAUAUAUAUAUACACACACACACACAUUCAUAUAUAUAUGUGUAGGAGUGUUUGAUCACUCGCCAUUUGUAUCAAAGAUAUGGAAAAUUUCUACCUUAUAUCAAAUGUAUGUCUUAGGACAUAAAAUGUAUAUUGUGUAAGAAAUAAAAUUUUAAAGACAAAAUGAUGGUGGAGCACCUCAGGGAGAAUCUCAUAUAAAAAUAUUGUUAUUUACAAGUGGCAGACCUAAGACACUGAGCCUAAAGAAUGUCCCUGGAGCAGGCACAUGUAACUUCAGUCAGCUGUUCUGAAAGGGGAUAGAGAAGCCAUGUGCUGCUGCCAGCAUCUCUGCAGUGUGUCUGUAAGUGCUUCACCAUGGGGAUCAUUUGUAGUGCAAUACUUUGCAAAGUAGCUGCCUUGUGAAAUAACAUGCAAACUUUAAAUAACUUUGACAUUCAAACAA